AUGACCCUCUCUCGUUCCGCCCGCACCCGCACGCUCGCUACCGCCAGUCUCCUCCCGCUGAUCCUCGCCCAGUUCCACUCAUUUUACACCGAACACGCACCUGACCCCAAUGUCUACACCCCCCACCCCCACUUCCUCGUGCUGCUAUUCGCGAUCCAGCUCGCCCAGCAGUGUUAUUGGCUGUACCAGAUGUUCUACCCGCCAGACGGGCGUGCUAACAGACGACGAUUCGGCGAAGAAGAAUCGCAGCCCUUGGAUGGCCAUCCAAGAAAUACCACGCAAGACAUCGACGACAACACCGAGCCGACACAAAUGGCGUACGCGCCAGUCUACGCGCUCUGUAAUGUCUUCUUCGUGAUUGCCUCACUCACCUGGACGCUUUACUUCCUCAUCUCGCAUCUUUUCGUCUUCCUUGCCGCCGCUGCCCAGCUCUACGCCGUCUUCGGCCUUCUCGGGCCCGAUGGCAAAUACUCACCGACCCGGCGGAACCACCUCACCCACCUCGUCGCAAAAACCAACGCCGGGUUUUCAAUAGUGUACUUGGCACGGUCUUGGGGCGCGCUCGGUAUCGGGGCAUCCCGGCCAGUCUUUCAGCAACAGGCCUUCCUCGCAGUUGCCUUGCUGAUCAUGACACUAACCGCUGGACCGGACCCCACGAUCGGGCUCAGUCUGGUCCUCGAUCUCGCAGCGCUGGCGGCAGGGAGUGCCAUUGAAGAAUGGCGCAUCGCAUUUGCUGCCAUCAUCGGUGUGCUCUUCGUGGUGGUCCUCUCUGACUCGGCACUCGCAUGGAAAAACGGCCGGCUACACCCUGCGCCAGAGCUCAUCACGGACAUCGACGCUUACCACGACUCGGAGCAAAUUUACUUGUCGGACAUCCGAACACCAACGGAGGACAGCUUUCCAACAGAGCAAGUCUAG